UCUCCCUCCUCUUCCAUGAUCACAAGCAUUCGUAUUCUAUAGUGUUCAAUCCCUCCCAGUCGCAAACCUAUUUCCUAUCUUGAAUUCCUUCCAGCCAUAAGAAUUGAGUUUUAAUUAUUAAAUGUCAUCAGCAGGUGAAAUGUCUUCUACUCUUUCUCCUUCUUCAUUUCAAAAUCUUUAUACCUUUCAUAGUUUGUCAAAUUCAGUCGAACCUUCAUCCCAACAUCAAUCAGUUCAUCAUCAAAAUCAACUACAAUCCCAAGUUGAUCAUCAAACACAGUCAAACUCCAACAUAAACAACAUUAAUUUAGAUUUCAACGAUUCUCAUCCAAGUGAUGCUACCAGUAUUAGCACAGUGUUAAAUAGAGAUGAAAGUGAAUCAGAUAAAUCAGUGAAAACAUUAAGCAAUAAUCAAAGCAAUUACAGUGAAAACGUCAGCAUAAACAAUCAGCCAAAUUACUUCACUUAUAAUGAAGCAAAUAAUAGCUAUGAUAACUUCAGUAACUCUGUAAUGAUUGGACAAUGUUCCAGUGAUUAUCCGAAUUGCAUUCCCAAAGUUGAACGACGAGCUGCUAACGUUAGAGAAAGAAGAAGAAUGAUUUCGAUUAAUAGUGGAUUCGAAGAGCUUCGAGUUCAUGUUCCAACAUUUCCAUUUGAAAAACGUUUAUCAAAGAUUGAUACACUUCGAUUGGCAAUAGCUUAUAUAGCACUUCUCAAGGAGAUAUUAUCAUCAGAAUAUGAUACGAUAACUUACUUCGAGAAAUGUCUCGAUGGACAGAUAAAGAAGGAAAAAACUGAAGGAUGGAAAACGAGUGACUUGACUGCUCGAUUAAACUGGAUUAACUGGGAAAACCUUGGAGUUAAUCCUAAUCUGAGAAACUUUGCCAGCGUCUUGGCUCAAUUUUCAGCCAACUCUUCACAUCCACCUGAAAUAUCAACAACUUCAUCUUCCAAUUCUCAUUAUCAACUUCACUCGAUCAAUAAUAACCAUCACAAUCCUCAUCCUUACCAUUAUCAUCCUUAUUAUUCACCGAAAUACGAAGCAAUCCAAUAAACUGUUUUGUUUUCUAAUCAAUUUUCAACAUCAAUUUGUCAUGAUAAUAUAAAAUAGUAAUUGCAAAUCACUUAAUUUGUAGUUAAAAUGCGAUUUCGAGUUAAAUUUAUUAAAAUUUUCCGAUGAUAA